CUCUGCGCACUCUCUCGUUCUGCAUCUCGAGAGAAAGGCAAUAAGCUGCACUUUCUCUGCGCGAGGAGAGGAGCAUCUCUCGUUCACUCUCUCUACAGCCCCGGUGGUACCGUGUAAAGGCACACACUUGCUAACGGCAAUAGGCGACUGCUGCUGCUACAGCCCCCCCACCGGAUCUGCCCAAGUACAGAGGGACCUGACUUAUUUGCCUUGACAGGAGAACUGAGUUCCGUUCCUACGCAGACUAAGGAGCCCAUGUGAUUCUUCUCAGUUUUCAGACCGCAAGCGCACCUGGAUAAACCCGAGAGCUUCUCUGCACGAAAACAGAAGACAACGUGAGCGGACUGGCCAGCAUAGUUAGCUGCUGAAGGAAGGAAGCGUAAAGAAUAUGAUUCUCCAACGGCACUUGGUGUUCCUCCUGUACAGCUUCUGUGGAAUCACCUCGAAAGUGGCUGUAACCACUAAAACCAAAAUCAAAGGGUUGUCGGGCCAGUUCCCCCUGACCCAGAAUGUGACGGUGACAGAAGGGGGUACGGCCAACAUGACCUGCAGAGUGGAACACAACGACCAGACCUCCCUCCAGUGGUCAAACCCGGCACAGCAGACACUCUUCUUCGGGGACAAGAAAGCGUUGAGGGACAACCGGAUCGAGCUGGUUCGGGCAUCGUGGGCGGAGCUUACCAUCAGCAUCAGUGACAUCAGCCUAUCAGACGAGGGCCAGUACACGUGCUCCCUGUUCACCAUGCCUGUCAGGACCACCAAGGCCUUCCUCUCUGUACUGGGAGUCCCAGAGCGCCCAGAGAUCACAGGGUUCACUAAGCCAGCCAUGGAGGGAGAUGAGAUCACUCUGAUCUGCACCACAUCUGGCAGCAAGCCUGCAGCGCACAUCCGCUGGUUCAGGAACGACAAGGAAGUAACAGGCACCAAGGAGGUAAACGCCACAGGGAAGUCGUUCACAGUGAAGAGCGCUCUGCAGCUGCAGGUGGAUCAGAGCGAUGACGGGGUGGCCUACACGUGCAGUGUGGAGCACGUGUCUCUCGCUUCCAACCCUUACCAGGUCACAGAGGUCCUGGAGGUCCACUACGCACCCCAUGUGGAGAUCUCCCACACCAUGAUCAUCCCUCAGGAAGGACAGUACUUUAAACUGGAGUGUGUCUCCAAAGGAAACCCACUACCAGAGCCAGUGUUGUGGUCUAAAGAUGGAGGGGAGCUGCCUGAUGUAGAGAGGAUGAUCGUAGAGGGCAGGGAACUCACCAUCACCACCCUCAACAAGACAGACAACGGCACGUAUCGCUGUGAGGCCAGUAACUAUCUGGGGACCAGUGGAGCUGAAUAUGUGCUAUUUGUUUACGAUCCCAAUGCACUAGGACAGCAUGACCCUGACCAUGCAUUAAUCGGAGGUGUUGUGGCUGUGGUUGUGUUCAUCACCUUGUGUUUGAUCAUAGCUCUAGGACGGUAUCUGGCCAGGCAUAAAGGGACGUACCUAACACACGAGGCUAAAGGAUCCGAGGACGCCCCUGACGCAGACACAGCCAUCAUCAACGCAGAGGGGAACCAUGCAUCAGAGGAGAAGAAAGAGUACUUCAUUUAGACCUCCUCUGUUCUUCCCGUUUCAUUCUGUCUCUUUCCCUUUACGUUUCGACCUCUGUUCUGUCUUUUCCUUUCGGUUUGUUUCUUUCGUGACAACACCAGUCGGCCAUCAGAGGCAGAGGCGGACUAGGACGAGAUAUCGGCCCGGGCAUUUCUAACACAUCGGCCCAUUUGUUUCCUUGAGGCACCCAUUGUUAGGCAAAUUAUAAUAUUUCUGGCCCACUGGGCUAAAGAUGGACCAGCCCAUCUGGCAUUUGCCAGAAUCGCCCUAUGUCCAGUCCAUCUCUGCCAGUCGACCAGCAGAGUCUGUAGCUGGCUCAGUCUGUAGCUGCAGUUCUUUACCCCCAUCUCCUCUACUGAAACAGAAAGCUCAAGUUUAGUUUACCGGUUGGUUUUUUACACGAGCAAUCGCUGAGAACGUUGCCUCGUUUUUACUUCAAAUGUACUCCGCUUCAUGUACUCAGUGUUUUUAAAAGAGCAGACCCUGUUUUAUUCAGGCCAGCACCCAAAUCUCUGUUGGUUGUCAUGUUUGAUUUGACAGUGCCUAAAUAUACAGACCGUUCUUGGUCUGCUUCUGUCAUGUUUGUUUCAACUCUUUGUGGUUUUUUUUAUUAGGAUUUUGCGUCCCCUACACCCCUUCACAGUUAAAUACCUUUUGCAGAUAUUACCGUCAGGAAGCGGCAAGAAAUGUGCUUCAUCUGACGCCGGAAAACAUUGGCUAUGCCAAUAAUUAUGCUUUCAGAGAGGAAUAUGUGAAAUGUAUCAAUGUGAACGACAUGUGAUGGGGUUUUUGUUGUAACUGUAAAAAAAAAAAAAAAGGUAUUGGGUGUCAUCUGGAGAUUACAACAACUAUAUAUGAGAGGCAGAAUUAGGCUGCAUGUUGUGGAAAACAACUGAAUAGUUCGAACACUGACACGAAAACGUUUUAGAAUAUUGGAAGAAAAAAAAAAAAAGAAGCACAAUCCGUAUGAUUGUUUAUGUUUGAAUGUGGAUAUUAUAUGAUGACAUAUUAUCCUCCUUUCUUAGCUUUGUUUGUAUAUUGGUAUAGGCCAUAGUCUCAUCUCACAUGGAAAGGAACAACGGGGAGAAUCAGAAGUAGGACAAAAAGCACAACGUCUCAGACAAACAGAGAAAUAAUUAUUCACCAAGCAGUUCAUUAUCUCAGGAUUCAAUACGAGUCUAAUAUUCACUGAUGUUUUCAGACCCAAUGAUUGGAGAUUCGGGCCAGGAUUCAAUAUGGCUGCGGGUUGUCAACGAAGCGGCUUUCAGAGGCAGUGUUCCCGCAAUCGCUGCGAUCUUUAUUCGCGGUAAACGCUUGCAUAUGUCGGCCCAAUCGGAAAGACAGAGCUACAGCGCUGUUUGUCAGACCAGGAGAAAAUCGGUCUUCUCAUAAAAAACGUCUGUAGCGUCCGAACGGUUUGGCUCUAACUAACUCAUGUGAAGGUAAUCCAUAGAAAUGAAUGGUAGUAUGGAGGUAGUUAUGUGCCAACAAAAAUAAUUGGUUAAAUAUGUGUCCAAAAAAACCCCACAAAUAUUUCCAGAUCUGUCUUAUAUAGAUCCUAGAUACAGGACAGACAUUUCAAACCUUAUGAUUAAUUUUUUGACUGUCUUUUUUUGCCAUUUAUGAAUAUGUUAUUCGAUACGUUUCUAUGGGAUAAUUCAAAAAAUAUUUUACAUUAUUUCUAUAUACCUAAAGGGGUCCUAAAAUUCUAAAUCGAAUAGCUAAAUGAUCCGUGGUAUGACUGUCUUAAAACAAUUCCAUUUGUUAGAUCAGGAGAACCUUUUACAGGUUAAAAAGCCACGCUCUCGAUCAUCCCGCGGUCAGAUUGAAUCCCGGUAUGAUCAGAAAGUAUCCGAUCACCCUGACUAAGACACUAACUUACUAAGGUCUGAACCUCAUUUCAUUUCUAAGAACAACUACUGGUCAGCUUCUAUAUCUCUGAAAGACUGGAAGAACCAAAUCCUACGAGUUCUGGGAACCUAAAGAGGUUGAUAUUGGGGGGUUUGCAUCCCAAAUCGCACCCCAUUCCCCUUCAUAGUGCACUACUUUUGACCAGGGUCCAUAUGGUUUUUGGUCAAAAGUAGUGCACUAUGAAGGCAAUAGGGUACCAUUUGGGACCCAGGCUAUGUUACUUUAUUGAUCUAACGCUCCCUUGUGAAUAUUGCUGUAUAUGACUUUGCUAAUGUGAUGAUUGCUGGUGGGCAAUAUUGUUGAAUUUUGGGAACCCUUAAAACAUUGAAAUGUGUAUAUUAGACAAUAUAUCAAUUUAACAUAUUCCAGAAGUCUCUUGAAUUAUUAUAAUUUUUUGUCAUUUGUUUGAUGAAGAACAAGCAUUUUGUUUCACCACAAGGCAUGUAUAUAAUGUGUAAGUAUUACAUUUUGGUAAAAUAAAAAUAAAAAGACACUUGUUAUUUAAAGGUUUUCAUUUCAGAGCAUAUCAGUUGCAGUCAUUUUGACACUUUGACAUGUUUCUUUUCAUGCUUUGAAGAAUUCUCUGAACGUGAAUUCUAAUGGAUUGACUCUGGUUGAUAGAUAGUGUAUUUAUUAUUAUUAUUGAUUGAUAUUAUUGGUAAUAUUAUGCUAUAUUAAUUGAUAUUAUUAUUACAAAAGUAGUUGUCUGAAGUUAACUUUUCCAUUUUGUAACAAAAAUAAAGUCAAUUAUUGAAGAAACUUCUGUCAUUAAAAAACAAUACAACGAUCACCGUUAUGGCCUUUGAGUUUGCUGCAAACAGUUGUAAUGACGUGUUAUAAAGGCUUUGGUGACCCAGACAUCUUCCCACUCUAUACAAGACACGUUGAAACACAUUGCCAAUAUUCAUAAUACAUGUUCUUUUGUUAGUUCAAUUUGAUGCUAUAAAUAAAUGACUAAUUUUUGUAUAAAGUUUGAAUUGCUGUAAUUGCAUUGCAUUUUAAGGGGGGGAUGUGAGAGUGAGGUUUGCUUUUUCAGUAUUAAAUAUCAAUUUUUCAAAACUAUGCCACUGUAAAAAAAAGAAAACAUUAAUAAUGAAGAAAAGUGCUGAUUAAAAUAUGACCAGAAUGA